CGUCAGUUUUCUCAGGCACCACCCCAGUCUGGAAUUCCCCCUUUCUUUUUUUCUCGCCUUUUUUUUUCUCCUAUUUCUUAGCCACUUUUUCCCGCCCCUUUCCUUUUUCAAUCUUCGACUCGACUCGUUCUCGAUUCGUAUCGUAUUCGUCGUCCGUGCCUUUAACGCGUCGUUCGCCGAAUUUCCCACGUCUUCUGCCGAGCUUAAUCCUUUCGCAUCUCUCUCUGGAGACAACCACGUCUCCUUCCGCUCGCUUCUUUCCCUCGUUUCUCCUCGCUCGCGGCUAAAUGGCUUCCCCCGUUAAUCGCACAGUUAUCAUCUCGGGCGACUCUGCGUCGACCAUCGAAACAGUCACCGCCCGUUCUGAGCUCGGUUCCACAGCAGCCGGCACUCCUGACACCUCCCCUCCAACAUCGCGCUCCCGGAGCCCUGACGAACCCAAGGCUUCGACCUCGACCGACGCAAGCACUGUUCCUUUGGAACCAAUGGAGGUCAAGAACAUCUGCUUCGUCGGCGCCGGCUUUGUCGGUGGCCCUACCGCUGCUCUCAUUGCCUUCCACAACCCCCAUAUCCAGGUCACCGUCGUCGACCUCAACGCCGAGCGCGUGGCGGCUUGGAAUUCUCCUCACCUUCCCAUUCACGAGACUGGACUGCCGAAGAUCGUGAGGAUUGCCCGGGAUGGCACUAAUGAAACGACUGCCUUCCUCCCGACUAUUAACAAGACUAUUAAGGUUGCCCCCCGCACCCCUAACCUGACUUUCUCUACCGAUCUGGAGAACGGCAUUGGUGCCGCUGAUAUCGUCCUCAUCUGCGUCAACACCCCGACAAAGACCUACGGUAUCGGUGCCGGCAUGACCGCCGACCUCAGUGCCGUUGAGGGUGCCUCGGAGACCGUGGCCAAGUACGCAAAGAAUGGCGCCGUCGUUGUUGAGAAGAGCACUGUCCCCACGGGCACCGCUCGCAUGAUUCGCGAGAUUCUUGCCCAAUACCGACCGCGCUGCGAGUUCGAGGUCGUCUCCAACCCGGAGUUCCUUGCUGAGGGUACAGCUGUCCGUGAUCUCAUGAAUCCGGAUCGUAUCCUGAUCGGCAGCAACACCACCCCCGCCGGUCUCCGUGCCGCCGCCGCCCUGAAGGGUGUCUACGCCGGUUGGGUGCCCGAGUCGAAGAUCCUGACCGUGAACACAUGGUCGAGCGAGCUGACGAAGCUCGUCGCCAACGCCAUGCUUGCCCAGCGUAUCUCCAGCAUCAACAGUAUCUCGGCGAUGUGCGAGGAGCUGGGUGCCGACGUUCAGGAGAUCAGCAGGGGAAUCGGCGCCGACUCGCGUCUCGGCAAGAAGUUCCUGCACGCCGGCGUCGGCUUCGGCGGCUCCUGCUUCGAGAAGGACAUUCUCAACCUCAGCUACAUGGCCCGGGUCCUCCACCUGGACACCGUGGCGGACUACUGGAUGGGCGUCCUGGACAUCAACAAGUACCAGCGCCAGCGCUUUGCCGAGAAGGUGCACCGCGCCCUGAACGGCAACCUGCGGGGCAAGAAGGUGGCCAUUUUCGGCUUCGCCUUCAAGGAGGGCACCAACGACACGCGCAACUCCAUCGCUGUCCACAUCAUCCGGCAGCUCGCCAACGAGAGGCCGCGCGAGAUCGCCAUCUUCGACCCGGGCUGCUCGCCCGAGGAGAUCCUGUCGGAGGUGGGGCAGCACAUCCAGGACGAGCCGACGUUGGCCCAGGUCAAGGUGCGCACCAACUGGCGGGAGACCACGGACGGCGCUUCGGCCAUCUGCAUCCUGACGCCGUGGUACCACUUCCACUACCCCAAGCAGGCGCAGGCCACGGCCCGCCGCACCAGCCUGUGGAACGGCAGCAAGGAGCAGCAGCUCGCCGAUGCGAACACCGGCUUUCUCGGCCCACACCCGACUGAGAUGGACCUGAUCGAGCUCGAGAAUUGCGUCACCCGGGGCAAGAACAAGGUGCCCCUGGACCCCCUCAAGCGCCUCAAGCCCGAGGCGUGCCCCGAGAACUGCAAGGGCUGCAACACAUCCUCCACCAACGCCGAGGGUGGCGGCGAUCCGGUCGACUGGGAGGAGGUCUCGGCCAUGAUGAAGCUUCCCAAGCUCGUUCUCGAUGGCCGUAACGUGGUCAGCGCGCCCGAGCUCGAGAAGCUGGGAUUCAAGGUUCAGGGUAUCGGUAAGGGUGUCGGCAUGUAAACCCGUCCAUCUUUAUCGAAAGAAGAAAGGAAAACAAAACAAAAAAAAAAAAAAGACCAAAACAAAAAGCGCCGUCACGCGCACACAACACACAUACGCAUGGGAACAGGUUCUCGUACAUUUUUGUACGACCCUGUAGGGAUGGGGAGGCAAUGGCAUGAGAGCGACACAAAAGGCGCUUUUGAAAUUCCCUCUUUUUUUACUCUUCUUUUUUUUUUCCCGAGACACAACUAUGCGUUUUAUAUUCUUCUGCAACGAGGACAGGAACCACGGACCUGAGACGGCCCUGUGUGCGGAAUUUUAACCUGGAGGGGAGUCAUUUUCCGGACCACUUUACUUCAACUAGAGGCGGACGACCUGGGAUGAAGGGGCGCCGAGGCGAGAGGGCUGGAUAAGAUUGACGGGAUAUGGACAGGACGAGAUACCAAGAUGGAUUGGCUUGACCCGGGACGCGACAAGAGUCGGGGUUCUUCUCGAAGGGGGGACGGGGGAGG